AUGUUCAAAGUAUGGUUAUUAGUUCAACGCUAUAAAAAUGAGAAGGCAGUGCCAGUUGCAAUUACACCUGAGGUCAUGCGUCUUCUCUGGGACAUACUUGAAAUGUUUCCGCCAUAUUCGAUUGGUCAUAUGAAUCCUGGAGGUAUGCCAGUAUAUUCGAUGUUUCCAUACAUGGCAAUGCCUACGUUCCCUUCGCAGGUACCCCUGUCCAAUCCUUCAUCUCCUUCCGAUGUUGACAUUACUUCUUCGAGAGAAUGCUCCACUCCUGACGAAGGGAACAUAAGUGCAAGUAGUUCCAUUGACUGUUCUUCUGGCUACUCAAGUUCGGAUAGUACAUUGAACAGUCCUGCUUUUUCACCUCAGUGUUUCCGGCCAGGACCGUUCUCGUGUUGUCCACCACCUUUUCCAUUUUGGGCACAGCCAUCGGCCAUGGUACCAUCGACAGGGUUUCCACCUCGACCUCCAACAACUCCUGAAGGGCCACACUCCCAGUCCUGCAACCAACUCAUUCCUCCAGGGUACCCACCAUCACCGAUCAAUCAACGUUACAGCUGCAUUCCUGGUUGGAUAAUUCCAUAUGGGUUCCCUCCACAUUGUAUGGUUCCUCCACGAAUGUCGACUCCAGAAUCAGCAUCCUUUGAUCGUAGUUUCAUUUCGCCAGUUCCAAGCGAUUCUAAGUCAAGCCCUGAGAAGAACACUCCUGUGAAACGAUCUGUACGUGCACAAAAGCGGCAGUCAGCUGAGGCUAUGAAAUCGCAACGUGCAAUUACAACGCUGGAAUUAAUUGUUGAUCUCCUCAUGAAUGAUACACAGGGGGAGAUUAUUGAGUGGACUUCUACGAAAUCGCUGGAAUUUAUGGUUCGCGACAGAAAAAAAUUCAUAGCGCACUGGAAUCGACUACUUGGAAAACGAGAUUCAUUCAUGGCAGUGUCGUGCAUAUUAAGGUCUAUUGGAAAUGAGAAGGUUGUGACGAUAUAUGGAGAGAAGGUUACGUUUAUUACACGGACAUCACCAUACACAUAUCGGUUCUUUCCUGAUCAUGACCUUCCGAGGAUUCCCAUACUCCGUGAUGAGAAUCUUCAACGGCUACUCACAAAAAUAUUGUUAUCAUUUCAUUUGCACUUGCGUAAAUACAAAAAAGUUGCAGAGCCAGCAAUGUUUCAGCCGUCUACCGGGUUCUCUCUGCUCUCAUCGCUUCCGUCACCCAUACAACCCAGAACUGGCAGUUCUCCAGAGAAAAUUAAUCUCGAAAUAGUUUAA